GUGUAUGGGGGGUGGUGGUGGUGGACAGCUCUCACAGGUAGGGGUGGGGCUGGGGUUUUGUUGGUCAAUGACAAGGGCGGACUGACAACUCAUGGGGCCCCGGGCAAUAGGGGAUCAUGGGGCCCCUUAGUCCUUGCCCAAACUCAAAAAAGCCUAUGAUAAAGGUACCAGGAGCAUCUCAUGGGGCCCCCUACUGACGCCGGGCACUCGGGCAGUGCCCGAGUUUCCAAAUGGUCAGUCCGCCCCUGCUCCAGGAUCUUCUACACCAGAGUUCCUCUAAAGAUAGCUAGGGGGUUCAAUGA